AUGAACGUCACAAGGCUGGGCGGGUCGAAGGUGCCCGUUUAUGUUUCGGCAGGUUACGGCAUUGAGUUGGAUCUGGCGACGAAGUUGGUAAUGUCGACAGCUAGAAAUCGGAUCUGUGAACCUAUUCGAAGUGCCGACCUUCACUCGAGAGAGAAGGUGCGGGAGUAUUUUGACAGUUGA